AUGGCCGAGGUUUUGUCCAGGUCGCGAGACGACCAAUCCCAGUCCUAUUACAUCCAGCCCGCCUCAAACUCUUCGUCGCUCAAGCGCUCGCACUCGUCGAGAUCCUCGCUGCUGGUCGGCUCGCCGCCGAAGCCCUCGCACCGCACCGCUUCCGAGCCUUCAUUCGAAAACAUCGGCUCUCUCAAACGCUCCUUGGCCUCUUCCGGCUCCCUCGCUGCCUCUCGCCAGUCCUACUCGGACUUUUCCCAGUCCAACUCCUCGGCUGUCUUCUCCAAUCACCAACCCAAACUCUCAUUCGAGCUCGGCCAUCACCAAGAUACUGGACUGGCCUUCCCCGCCUACGACGAGGUCCAAUUCUUCCACGAAGAUGAACCGCUAGAUCUUCCUCCGAGCCCUCGACCCGAAGACGAAACGUCUGAUGCCGAUUCUAACGAUGGUAGAUGCGAUCGAGACGACGAUGACGAUGCUGGCAGCACCACCGACACUACCCGUUCCGACUCGCCUUUACCAACUCCUACCGUGGCCGACGACACGGCCAUCAAGCACGAGCCAUCGAGACAUGUCGACUACCUCUCGCACGAUUGGCGUGAGGAAGACAUCUGGUCCUCGUGGAGGCACAUUGUGUCACAACGUAAGGUCUACGGCCAGCGGUCGCGCCUUGAAAAUGCGUCAUGGAGAACCUGGGCCAAAUCCAAAUACCACCUGCCAACCGUCUCCCCCGAAGCGCUUAAUUGGCUGAAAGAAAGCGACGUGACCUGGCUCUAUGGACCCUUGCAGCCUGCUUCCACCCAUCCUGUAACUCAGUACUCGCCGGAUCCCAGUCCACAAUUCGCCGGCGCCAAUUCCUCCGUCCAGAAAAAACCCAUCCUUAAGAAGCGAAGCAUGUCUGAAGUCAUGCUUCAACGCUCGCUAUCAACCUCGUCUCUUGUCAAGCAGGCUGCCGCUGCCAUACAGGCUCAGCAGACUUUGCCUCCAUCCAAACGACCCUCGCUAGGCCGAUCGUCUGCCUACCUUCCCACUGCUAGUCUGAUGGUACCUAGCAGCAGAGAUAAUCUUGACUUCUUAGAUCUAGGUUGUUUCUCUCCACGUCCUUCGUCUGGGGACCGUUCACCUUUCGAGUACCCCAAACGCCACAUUCGCUUCGAUGAGAAGGUCGAACAAUGCAUCGCCGUUGAGGGCAAAGACGGCGAGUUCGGCGAUGAAAGUUCUGAAGACGAGCGACCACCCAACGAUACCGACUCAGAUUCAUCAGACGACGGUAUUGUCAUGAUGAGACGUCCCAAGAGAAAACGAGCAGUUCGUAAACCACUAGUAAGAAGCACUUCCUCUAGUCGGACGAUCGAGAAGCUUCCCUCCACCACCUUGAAGAACAAAACCGAAAAACUAGAGCCUGCUCCAGCACCAGCUCCAUCUUUGGCCCGUUCGUGGAGCUCAAGUAAGCUUCCACAGUCAGCUUCUCAGGAAACUCUGAAGCCUUCAAAUCCCUCAAAAAACCAUAUUCUACCUGCCGACGACGAGGAAAGCGAAGAGCUAGAUUCGGACGACACGGAAUCACUUAGAUUGAGUGCAUUCGCGAAUCGAAGGGACAGCGUGGCCGUGCAUAGAUCACGGACGACAGGCUCGCCAGCCACUACACCAUCCGAAGAUGAGGAUGAAGCAGAGGGCUCUGGAAUGCGCCGGAGUGCUUCGGGAAUGUUUAUGCCCUACGAGGAAGACGAAGAUGACAUCGUUGCCGCCGGCCUCUUCGGUAAGGUGAGUGACACUUUAAAUACCGCAAAAGACAUUGCCCAUGUAAUAUGGAACGUUGGGUGGAGAAAGUGA